AUGUUGCUCAUCCGCAGCGUUCUUAUGUUUGGGCUAAUACUUUGUUUGGUGUGCAGAUUUCUUGAAGGCCAAAAGUCCUUGAACUUUCUGCUCUUUCGGAAAAUCGUCGCCGACCACAACAGCAAGUACAUAUCCUUGUACGAGGCUGCGAUCAGUCAGGACUACACCACGAUCAACUUUACCCUGAACCUUGCGCGGAACAUCACGGCGGAUGUAUGGCUUAAGGCUACAAUAGCGCAGCGGGUGUCAAAAACCGGAGAAUCGUACCGGGACGUCUUUACCUACAACGUGAAUCUGUGCCAGGUGAUGGGCAGGGGCAAGGGCAUCAGCCUGAUCAACUUCUGGCUGAACAACAUCCUCAGGCAGUCCAAUAUGCCCCGGAACUGUCCACUCAGGGAGGGCAACUACUACAUGCGCAACAUUCGAUCGGAAAAGGAGACUAUUCCGCGGUUCAUUCGCUCUGGCAGCUUUCGCAUAGACUCUAGUGUUUAUGUUAGGGACUGGCACAGCGUCAAUUUGACAGAAACAAUCUUCCACGUCGACAUAAAAAUGAAGUGAGUGGGCCCGGAUUCGCUUUUUCAGGAAGGCUGCGCCGAUAUCAGCUGGCCACAUUAAAAGGCAAUGAAUCAUUGAAGAGCUCAAAUCUCCACUGGCUAACACAAUUUCUCACUUCCAAUCGAGUAAAUCGUUGCACGUGCAUUUCGCAUAAAUAAAUUAAUGAGUCCUCCAACAAGGACACGGAUAUAGCCACCGACACGGACACGGAUUUCUGCCCGGAACGUGGCUGGCCGCGCUGCAAGCUGCGAUUUAUACGAGGGCGCCGUCUAAGCGCAAAAUAAUUUAAACACUGUCAAUAAUAGUUUGGGG